GGGUUGCUUCAACUUGAGCGCAGACUGCAAACGGGCGCGGGACGGUAACGGCGACGCUUGUCCAAGACGCCCACCAUCCCGCAAGGCCAGCGAACAGCUCCUCGCCCUGUUCUCGCCUCUCACAACGACAGCACCGACGACGACCACACCCAGCCCGUCCUGCCGCUCCAGCAAUUGGUUAUACCUCUUAACUUAUCAUCAAACGCUGCCUACGCUGGUCGUACAUAUCUACCGCCAGCCCGCGGCCGUCCACUCAUUACAGACCGCCCACCAUGGCCUCGUUACUCGCACCAAGAGCACAGGAGCCCCGGAUCUCCCAGCUCCUCCCCACUGUCAAAUGCUCAGACUGCAACCAGCCCGUUCCGCUCACAGAGCUAGGAGAGCACAAAUGCGAAGCGCCCCCGCCUCUUCCUACCCCGUCCAAGUCGCCCACCGUCGCGUCAUUCCUACCCCAGCGACUGCAGAACCUCGUCUCGACCAGUCCCAAGCCCAUGUCUCCUCCCCCGCGCCAGCCCCCGCCCAAAGCGUCGCUACCGGCCACGCCAAGCAGCCCACCGCAGCAACAACGCCGCGGCACGCUCUUGUCCGGACGACCGCGCCAGUCGUCGAUCUCCUCCACCGCGUCGUCUGCCUAUUCGCCGCCAAUGAAGUCCAUUCCGAUCCCCACGCGUCCAGACAACGACCGACGUGACACCGUGUCCUCCAUAUCGUCGAGAUUCACGUCGCGCACGGCGUCGUCCCCGCGUGGUCCUCAGUCGAUCAUCAGCGAUGCACGGGCACGGACGGCCUCGAUCACCUCCAGCCGCUCGGGCAUGAGCAGUAGCUCUGGGGGGACUGCGCGCCCAUCCUUUUUGUCUGGCAGGGACUCGCGACCAACACCGCCGCUGGACCUGCGAUCAGCGUCCGGGCCGUUGAAGACGCCUCCGGAUGAACAGCGUCGCCCCUCAUUUGGGUCGGCAAGGGAGCCGUCGUCACCACUGUCGAUACACCCACCCACCAGCCCCUCACGCACGCCAAAUUCGCCACCAUUGGACAAUGCACGACCCGCUCCUUCUACAUAUUUCCCAGCUACCGCAUCUCCUAAUGUUGGUCGAGGUGGCGCGUUGCCGCCCAUUGGCACCCCUCCUACACUUGAACAUACCCGCGGCGCUUCAUACAUGUCCCAGCGACCUUCCAUGGAACAGCGACCUUCUAUCGACCGCCGACCAUCCGCCGACGAGCCGCGCGACAUGCCUCCUCCUGCCUCGAACAUUAGCACUGAAAUCGGAGGGGAGGCAGGCAUGGCGGGUGUUGGUCGGCGGGGAUUCGCUGCCGCGGCACGCGUCGCAUUGCUCGUUAUGCCUCCAGGUGGAGCACCUCAGCAACAGUCAAUGGAUGGUCGACUCGGUGGGUACCGCGCUAAUGCCCCUACAUAUCUGGACAUUGGGUCAAAUAAUUAUUCUAAUGGUGGUACGCCUCCUUUGUCGCCUGCAUCCGGCUAUUCCUCGCCCUCGGCCCUCGCCUCACCCGUCUCUCCUAUCGCCAAAACGCGCUCGCCGUCGCCCAUGCAGCCGCCAGCCGCCCUCAACGAUCCCGCCAUGUCGUCUAAUCCCUCAUCACCGUCCUUGUCUUCUAUGAAAUUGCCCUUCUUCGAGAAGUUCCGCAAUAACGCGCCCCCUAAUGAUAUAUCCCAGCCUAAUUCCAUUCUCAACCUCGACAAUGAUGCACGCGAGCGACGCAUGUCCUCCCGGCGGUCGCGGUCGGCUAGCGUCAGCAGCAAGCGCAUGACGCGUACAUCCAUGUCGGGGUCCGAGGUCGGCCUUGCCUACGCGGACUCGGAUGAAGAGGACGAUGCGCCGCCAGUGCCUCAGCUGCCGGAUUCCGUCAAACACGAGAGGAGGAGCCGCAUACAGAGGAGAGGCGACGAUAUCACUCCGCGUGGAAGUCGCCAGCCGGACGCUGAGUCGGACGUAUCUGCAUACUCCGACGACGAAGGCUUGCUAUCGCGGCCGAGAGGCAACUCCAAGGCCAGCGACGAUGCCUUGACGAAUCCUUUCGGCGGCCCUUCCGAACCUGGCAGCCCGCCGCAACACACGACUCGCUUAGCAGGAAGGACGAGCACCGGCACCCGCAGCACCUACUCCCGCAAGACCAGCAUGACCGCCGACUCGCCCCUCAUUCGCGCUGGCCUCCUCGAGCGUCUGAUGGAGGACGUGUCGACCGAGGAACCUAUGCCGAAGCCCUCGCUGACGAAGAGUAAGUCGGAGCGCGUGUCGAGUUCGCACGGCAGUCCCCAUACGCCGAUGCGCAGCAAUACCGUGCCUUACUCUCCGGAAGCGCGCCCUCCCAAGCUGCCCAGUCGGACGCGGACGAACGGCUCGUCCUCAGAAAAGCGCCCCAAGAAGCCGAAGGUCUGCAUGAAGUGUACGGAGGCGAUCAGCAACGGCCGAUAUAUUCAAGUGGAGGACAACAUCCUCUGCGAGCGUUGCUGGAAGCAUAUGUACCUUCCGAAGUGCCGACGGUGCAAUCUCCCGAUCGAGAAGCAGGCCGUCCGGAGCAGAGAAGGCAAGCUCAAGGGGCUUUACCAUCGGGAAUGCUUUGGUUGUGCGGUUUGCCAUAAACCCUUCACUGAUAAAGAGUUCUAUGUGUAUGACGAGAAACCUCUAUGCGGCUACCACUAUCAUGAAGCCAACGGAUCGCUCUGUCGAGCUUGUGGCGAAGGAAUCGAAGGGCCUUGCGCUGUGCCAUUCCCUGGAGCCAAGUACCAUAAGGACUGCUUCACUUGCGGUCAUCCCGGCUGCAACACUAUUUUGGUUGAGUUCUGGGAGGUCAACUCGAAGUUCAUGUGCGAAAGGCAUGUGCCAGCACAGCGCCUGUCCGGCGGCUACGACGACGACUGGGAAGCGCCGCCCAUGUCGGCGAAGCGUGUGACGAGGUUUAUUGACCUAGGCGGGAUACCCGGCCUUCCUGGCACGGACGAUGGCGCGGACUCUGGAUUACGCUAGCCACAAAACGGGACUUUCAACUUACGGACCGUGGAAACAUACAUACCUACGCGCGCGCUCUUUGCGGAACCACACGUCGCCACACUUGCAUCUACUUCCCCUUUGCGCGGCCUACCUACGCCAUCGCAACUUGGCUACUUUGCAUGCUUUCCUAUAACUUUAUCGCGCUCCCUAUACCACGGCGGAUGUACUGUAUCCAAUACCUUCUUCGUUUUCCCUUUUCUAUCUCUUCCUUUGGCUUGUACACUCGGGGAUUCGUGGUGGUGGCAGGGCUGUUGCUUUUGGAGUUGUUCAUCUUAGCUGACUAGUAGGAACACUCUGACUAUUGAGCUUGCAGUCGAAUUU